CACAGGUUAUAUAGAAUGAAUUCUUGAUAAUAGAUAACUAGCUUUUGCUAUUAGUUAAGACAGACGUUCUUUUGAUUGUUAAUGAUAUGAAGAGUUUUUAACAUAUUCGAUUAUGUUUACAAUCUGAUAAUUAUCCCUUACAGAGUUUAUUUAUUUUAUUUUCAAAAUGGGAUGUUGUUUCACGUAUUGCUGCAACAAAAACAAAACACAGGACGAUGAUCCUGAUGUACACACACGCCUUUUGAGUGAUCCUGUUAGCAACUCAGCAAAUACACAGUGUGUCAGCAGCGACGAUCAGUUGGCGCAAUAUCAAAAUUAUCUACCAAAGAAAGCAAAUGAGCAGUCAGUGUUAAAUAAAAUACUGCAAACAACUGCCCAGAAUGUUAUUGAUGUUGCGGCUCUUGGUCCUCAUAAUAUUGAACAAAAUGAAUAUCUAGAAAGAAGAAAUCAAUACAGCUCUAAAUUAAACCAUCUUGCAAGUACUGCACGGCAACCUUCUAUAAACCCACAAGGGUUAUUGGUCGACAUACCAGUUCCUGAGAAAAUAUUAUCAGGAACACCCAUUUCUGAUUUAGAUUUUAAAUUGAUCAAAAGGGCUUCUCACAAAUUUAAAGUUGCUUUAGGUGAAUUAAAAGUCAAACAGACAGAAGAUUUAAUCGUUCCUUUCCAUAUUGGCACAAUGUAAAUGAAUAUUUUUGUAUGUAAUCUUUGUUUUGUAAACUGUAACAAUAUUUAUAUUCUUAUUGUAUUACUUUGGAAUAUGUUAUUUUAUUUAGUGUACGUCUCAAGAAUAAUGACUUGAAAAUAAAUACUUCGAAUUUGACACUAGUACAGUGUGAAUUGCUCAUCAUCAGUUUUCGAGGUUUUAUUUACCCUCCUUUUUGUUAAAUAGUAAAGAUUUUAGAUUUCAAAAUAAUCUAUUGCAAUCAUUGAAUUGGAAAGUACUGAAUACACAGUGUCAAUCUCUCAGUUGGAAUUGGCCAUGUCCGAAUCUUCCAGUAUUAAUUAAUUUAUUGUAAUAUUCCUGAUGUAUUUUUUGUUAGUUUAUAAACUAAC